GAAGCCUUCAAUGGCGACGACGACGACAGCAGACGACGCGAAGGCGACCGACGUCUACCUCCUGGUCGACGUGUCGGCCGCCCUCACGUCCCGCAAGUUCGCCAAAGACUUGGACGCUGUGGUCGCGCGCGCCAAGGAGUCAGGCGUCCAGAAACUGGUGGUGCGCUCGACGUCCGUCCACUCGUCGCGCGAAGCGCUGCGAUUGUGUCGUCUGUUUCCGGAAACUCUCUUUUGUUGCGCCGGCGUCAGUCCCCACGAGAGCCGUCUUUGGACGCCGGACUCCGAGCGCGAGAUCUGUGACGUCAUGCGAAGCGCUGAAUGCGUUGCGUUCGGCGAAUGCGGUCUCGACUUCUCGCGAGACUUCUCUCCAAAGGAAACCCAAAUCCAAGUCUUCGAAAAACAACUUCAAAUGGCUUCUCAUCUCUCGCGCACUGAACGCAUCCAAAAGCCGCUUCUCGUGCGCGAAGUCGACGCCUUCGCCGAGUGGUCAGUCCACAGCCUCCCUGUCCACUCGCUUCACCUCUCUCUCCUCCCCAGCGCCGCCCUUUUGCGCCAAUACGCCGCCGAUUUGCCGCAAAUUGUGGUCCAGUUUCGCGGCACUGAAGAGCACGCGCGACAGUACCUCGACGUCGGCGCCUUCCUCGCGCUCUCGGGUCUCGUCUUCAAAGACAAGUCCGAAGACGGCGUUCGGCAACUCUUGCGCUCAAAAGGCGUUCCGUUGAGUCGUUUGCUGCUUCACUCCGACAGUCCUUACGGUUAUCCCAACGCACGCGCAGUGCAUCUCUCGGACGCGACGAAAAGCCAACUCUCGGCGCGUUCGCUGUCUUUCCUCAACCGGUACUGCACCUUCCAGCGCAACGAGCCCUGCUCCCUCGCGCUCACCUGCGAAUGGGUCGCCGCCCACUUGGGAGUCGCGCCGCCAGAGGUCGCCCUUCAGACCACUUACAACGCGCUGCGAGUGUUCGGUCUCUGCGCGCACUGACAAUAAAAGAGUUAUUUUUGAA